UUUCAGUUAACAGGAUAGAACUUGGAUAAAAACAUCAAAUGACCUUGACCAUGAGGCCUUACUAUUUACCCUUGACCUUUGUCUUCCUUUCCAUCUCCAUUGUCAUAGCAACCAGUUCCAUUCACCAUGACUACUGUGUUAUAGGAGCAGGACCAAGUGGCCUUCAGAUUGGAUAUUUUUUACACCAGAAAAACAGGGACUAUAUAAUUUUUGAGAGAAAUAAUGUAUCAGGUAGCUUUUAUGUGAAGUACCCUCGCCAUAGAAAACUCAUCAGCAUUAACAAAAGAAACACCGGGAAAACAAACAAGGAGUUUAACCUACGCCAUGACUGGAAUUCCCUCCUCAGUCACGACGAAUCCCUCCAGAUACGCCAUUACUCCAAAGAGUUGUUCCCUCAUGCAGAUAUUCUUGUUAAAUACCUCAAAGACUACACUGAAAAACUGGGCCUCAAAGUACAGUACAACACGAAUAUCCAGAACAUCCAGCGACAAGAGGACCUGUACACAAUGGAGGAUAACAAUGACCAACGUUACACUUGCUCAAAAUUAAUUGUAGCUACUGGAAUAGCUACUCCCAACAUUCCAAAAGAUGUCGCUGGCAUGGAGUACGUGAUUGGAUAUGAGGACGUCUCCAUCAAUCCCGAAGAUUUUGAAGGGCAAACAGUUCUUAUACUUGGGCGUGGUAAUGCCGCAUUUGAGACUGCUGAUGCUAUCUAUGGAAAUACUAAUGUGGUCCACAUGGUAGCUCGUUCCAGAGUGAGACUUUCGUGGGCCACUCAUUAUGUAGGAGAUCUCAGGGCAGUCAACAAUGGACUUCUUGAUACAUAUCAGUUGAAAUCAUUAGAUGGUGUCCUAGAAGCAGGGCUGGAGGAAGUCAAAAUCGUGAAAAAGGAUGGAAAGCUUCACCUUCAGUUCAAAGAGGAUGAAGAAGACCCAGUUUACUCCAUUGAUAACUUUGCCCUCCGGGAUCCUUAUGAUAAAAUCAUUCGCUGUCUGGGAUUUGUAUUUGAUAAGUCUAUUUUUAACAACAAAACAGUGAUCUCAUCUGGAAAAGGUAGAGCGAAAAAAUACCCAAAAAUUACCUAUGAUUACGAGUCCGUGGAAAACCCGGGCAUGUUCUUUGCUGGCACAAACACUCAUUCCCUGGACUUCAGAAAAUCAGCUGGAGGUUUUAUCCAUGGAUUCAGGUAUACAGCCCGUGCCCUGCAUCAUCUGUUGGAAUGGAGGUAUCACCAGGUCCCCUGGCCCUCGAUCACAGCUCCCAUCACCCAGAUAGAAAACACAAUAGUAAAGAGGUUGAAUGAGGCAUCAGGGACAUACCAAAUGUUUGGAGUGUUGGGGGACAUCAUUGUCAUUAAAGAUAAUGGUCUGGAGUUUGAUUACUUGGAAGAGUUCCCUAUCAAUCUUAUCGAUGACUUUUACAAACAUUCUGGACACAAUGUCACUCGUAUCAUCGCCAUUGUUAUGGAGUAUGGCAAGGAUUUUUCCGGACCAGGCAAUGAUAUUUUCCGCAUUGAUCGUGCCACAGGAGAACCAGCAGAAGCCCACCAGUCAAACUUUCUACACCCUGUGUUUUAUUAUUACGACAAACUUCCAACAUCGGAAGACAUGCAGAAGAAACCUCUGAGGGAUGUUCUUCCUCCUCCAAAAUUACUCCACCAUAUUGUGGAGGAUUUCCUGACCUCCUGGGACGGCUGGACCAGUCACCUCCUGCCCCUCCGACGUUUCCUAGAGGAAGUCUUCGACCAGGAUCUACGCAGCUUCUUUGCUGAUAACUGCAUGAAGCUGGCGUUGACCCACAGGAAUGUCCCUCUCUCUUGUCAGGCGGAUUUUAUGGAGGGUCAAGGUCUGGUCCCUACCUACAGUCUAGCUCAGCUGGCCAAAGAUUCUAAACUCCUACUGUAGAGUAGAACUUGUUAGAUAAUAGUCAAUUUAGCCUGUCUCAAGCAUUGAAAUUUUAUUUACAGUGACAUUAAGAUUCUGCAAAGGAUCUUUAGUUGUUAAUUACAUAGAUCAAAUAUUUUUCCCUAAAAAGUCAUCUUAUGCAGUGGUCAUUCACUUCCUUACUAAUGCAUGGACAUGUGCAGUUGCACAUCAUUAGCUCACCUGAGCUGAGGGCUCAAGUAAGUUUUUCUGAUCAGAAUUUGUCCAUUGUCUGUUGUUUUCAUAAACUUUUCAUAUUUUUUAUCAUUUCCAGAACCACAGAGCCAAUUUCAACCAAACUUGCCACAAAGCAUCCUUAGAUGAAGGGAAUUCAAGUUUGUUGAAAUGAAGGGCCAUGCUCUCUUUCAAGGGAGCUAAUUAAGAAUAAGUGAAAAUUUAAUGGCAUCUUUCAAAAAUCUUCUUAUCAAGAACCACUGGGCUGGAUGUGAAAGCUUCAAAAUUUAAAUUUCUUCAAAUCAUGACUCCAGGGG